UGAUAAUUCAAUAUGUCCCUUCCGUUGAUGAAUAUACCAGUCGUAGGCCCAUAGGGUUCGACGAGCGUCUCCGUAGGUUUAAGAUGCCGUCGACCCGGUGGGGGGAUCAUUUGAAGGAAUUUUAUUUUACAAACUUAGGAGAUUACCUAGGUCGGUCCCGGAUGGGUCUCGGCCCUCCGGAACCUAUUCCCUUAGGUCCGUCGGCUUACAUAGCGUCCAGCUGGUUUCGGCCCUCGGACAGUUAUCUUGGAGAUGAUGCUGCCAGCAUUAAAGUUCGGGACUUUGCUAGGGCCGAACUAGGGAGUCCGGGUAGGAGUAGUUUAUUUGCUGCACCUUUUUGUAAGUAGUUUCUCACGGACUUUUAACACUUGCUUGUUUUAUUGGAACAGGUACCUCCAUGGAUGCCAUCCUGGAACGGCUGGCUGGGGUCCAUACUCCGGUGGCUCCUCCGGCUUUCACCCCCUCUCCCCCGGCCCCUUCCUUGAAGGUUUCCUCCGGCGCUCCUCCCGAAACCAUCGACUUGGUGGAUGACGAGGAGGUGCUUCCGGGAGAAGGCCAGGGGAAAGGGUGGGACUUCUCGGAGGAAGCCGCCGAGGGUGCUGGAGACCCUCAAGCUCUUCCAGUGGUAGCAGAGGAGGACGAGGAGGAGUCUGAAGUGGCUCUGAUUCGCAAGCGUAAGGGCAAGAUGAUCGCCCAAGACGAGCCGAAGAGGCCUCGGAGGGCCGACACUCCCGCUCAUGGCCUAGACGGCGGGGUGUCUCCGAUGGAGGAAAAUCCUGCUCCUCCUCGCAUUGAGCUUACCCCGAUUCCGGGGGAUGAGGCAAGGCAGGAGCUUCGCAUAGCCAAACACAACUACGCUAUGGACGAGUACUCCCGGGGAUAUGCCGAUGUGGAGGCCCUUAGGAGGAUUCUGCGAGCGGAGGUUGAGGCGAGCAUUAACCAUCCGGACUAUCAUGAUCCGUGGAACCUCAACCUGGAUCCUUUGGCAGACUGGUUCCGUCCCCUCCUAGGGCCCACUCUGGCUCCCUUCGCCGCGGAAAUGACCGGUGAGUUCGCCUCUCAGCUUACACGCUGUGCGCCCAAGCGGUUUGCCACUUGCGCUUCCCUGAACUCCAUCUUCCAAGUCCAGGACCUCAGCCAUUCCCUCACAGUGCUUGCAGCUGAGGCUGGUCGCCUCUCCAAGAACAUCAUAAGCCAUGGCUUCGCUCUGUCCGAUUUUGGGGACAUGAACGACGUCAAGAAGGUCCUCCAAGACCUUACUGCGGAGAGGCAGAUCUACCAGGAGGCCGCCGAGCGCCAGGAAGCAGCGGCCAAGGCUAAGGAAGAGAGGGCCAAGGCCAGGGAGGAGGAGGCCAUCCGGAGGGAGGCUCAGGCGGAGGACAUGAUCCAGGCCGAGGCCCAGCGGAGAGGCAGGAUGGAGGCCCAUCAUCAGGAGGAGCUAAGGGCUCAGACUGAGGCUGCCGAGAAGGCUAGGCGGGACCUUCGGGAGGCCAGGGAGGCUUUGGACGAAAUGGCCGCCAAGGUGAGGUCUCUAGAGGAGACUCACCAGUCGGAUAUUGAAUCCAAGGCCGCUCUGGCUGCGGAGUUGAAGGAGCUUCGGGACUAUAAAGAUCAGUCUAUUAGGAAGGCCAAGAGGGCCGAGCUCCUUUCUCCCGUCUCCUGUGCCCGGUGCCCGAAGCGCUUUGAUGAUGGUGUCUACAUGGCUUGGGCCACCAACGAUCAGAGUAUCAAGCUUUCCUUCUAUCCCAAACCCGAGGACAUGAUUGCCAAAUUUCGGGAGAAGAAGAAGAGACUUGAUGCUGAGCUUGAGGCACGGAUCGGACCUCGUCUUCCGCCGCGGGCUGACUGAGCUGCCAUAUUACUGACCCAGAUUGUACCCGUUCUCUUCAUAACUCUUUUUUUUCUUUGUACAUACUUGCUGCUGCCUUAGAACAAUUUACUUACAGGCGGCAGCUUUUAUUUGAAGGGGAGACAAUUUAAGGCCUGUCCCCGGGCCAUUUAUAUGUGUAUGACCUAACCUUCGGGCUAGGAUAUUUUAUUUUUUUUUUAUUUAUAUAUAUGUGCGAUCUUUUUUCCACACUUUAUAUAUUUCAACCUGUCCUUUGGCUCAGGAUUUCAUACUUACGCUCUUUAUUUUUGCGCAUGUUUUUGACCUGCCCUUUGGGUCAGGAUAUUUUACUUAGCUUGACCUGCCCUUUGGGUCAGGAUAUUUUACUUAGCUUGACCUGCCCUUUGGGUCAGGAUAUUUUACUUAGCUUGUUUUUGUUUGUCCGUGCGGUAUACCCUAGUACCCCCCUGAGUGGCAUAGAAACUUUGUUUUUAAGGCACUCAGCUUUAUUUAAUAUAGAGGAGGCAUACAUUUGGACGGUACAAACCCUUUGAACAAAAGCUAAGUUUAAUUCGCUACUGGUAGUAUUUUCUGAGGUGAUCGGCAUUCCAGGCUCUUGGGACAGUAGUUCCGUCCAUUCUUUUCAAUUUAUAAGUGCCAGAGCCGAUUUCGUCCUCGAUUUCAUAUGGUCCUUCCCAAUUUGGUCCAAGUACCCCCACUCCGGGUUCUUGGGUGGCUGGGAAGACCCUUCUUAGGACCAUGUCACCGAUAGCGAAUUUUCUGUUUUUAACCUUGGAGUUAAAAUACUUGGUCACCUUCUUUUGAUAAGCGGCCAUCCGUAUUUGGGACUCAUCCCGGAGUUCUUCGACUUGAUCCAGAGCUUCUUGGAGCAGGGCCUGAUUGGUGGCCGGAUCGUAGGUCGUUCUCCUGUGGGAUGGGAAUAAUGUUUCCACCGGGACCAUUGCCUCACAACCGUAUGCCAUUGAGAACGGCGAGUGACCGGUUGUGGUU